CUCUCUUUCUUUCUUUCUCUCUUUUACCAAAUGGACUAUUACAAGAUACUAGAACUUGAUUCCAAUUGUUCAGAAGAAGAUAUCAAAAAGGCUUAUAGAAAGCUGGCAUUAAAAUACCAUCCAGACAAAAACCGCGAACCAGGAGCAGCUGAGAAGUUUAAAGCGAUAAGUGAAGCAUAUCAAAUUCUGUCAGAUCCUGAAAAACGAAGGAUUUAUGAUAGUAGAGAUAGCUUUGUGCAAGCAGAUGACGAUAUACCUUAUACAACUCAUGAUAACUCUUACUACUAUAGAACGUCUCCUCUAUUUUCUACUUUCCAGUUUCAAUCACCUGAGGAUAUUUUCAGACAGUUCUUUGGUGGACAAGACCCUUUCAAGCUAUUCUUUGACGAUCCAUUUUUGGGUGUGAGUAGAAGAGACCCUCUCUUUGAUAAUAGUCCCUUUGACGAGUUUGCGGGUUUUUCUCAACGAUCAAGUCUAUUUGAUUCACCUUUGGCAUCAGGUGCCAAAAGUGUGUCUACAAAAACAACAAUCAUUAAUGGAAAAAGGCAUACAGUGACCACGAUUCAGGAUAAAGAUGGUGUUAAAGUGAUUGAGGAUUAUGGAGAUGGUCAUCAGCGUAUCACUAUUAAUGGAAUGGAACAGCCUACUUCAAUUACAGGACCAUCAAGCGAACAACAACAACAACAACAACGAAUUGCCUAUAAUGAGGAACAGCCUCAAAAAACAUCCAACCGUGUUUCAAUUGAUCAUACAAGUCCAGUCAAUGACACCUCCACAUCUGUGGAUGCCAAUAGGAUGGCUCAUGAUAGGAAUACACAUGGUAAAUUCUAUAGAAAACCUUUUUUAUAUAAUUGCUGAAAGAUUCUUUAG